UCAUGUCUGAUCGGCCCGCACAGAUGACUCGAAAGCAGGCGUGCUGCCGCUAAGGUUGCCCUGCGUCAUCCGCAGCUGAGACUCGAAGCCAAGGAAAAUCUGCACACACGCACACACGCGGACACGCAAGAGAGCGAGACACAUGAUCGCAUCGACAGAGCAGGUCAUGUGGCAUGCACUCACCUGUAGGUUGUUGGCAGGUGUCCGUAUGGUGGAAGCGCCCUUGUUGGAGAGCUCAGACUCGACGCCGUCUCGGUCGUCAAAGUCGUCUCGAUCGUCGUCAUUAUUACCACGAUUAGGGUCAGGUGGUUUGCUUCGUGUGUGGGGAUGGGAGUGCCGGUGGCCAACACGAAGCUGCUUGAUCGACGACAGUCCCGCCGAUGCGUCGACCCCCUUGGCUAAGCUCAUAUACUCAUCGUCCGUGGAUGAGGCGCCGGGGCUGUCGGGCGGCAAUCUGGCCUGGUGUCUCCCCUCGUCAUGAUUGUGUCUGUGGUGGGGCCCCUGCUUGUUGUUGCUGUGUUGCUGCUGUUCGGGAUAGCUCGCCUCAUAGCCGUCAUCGCCGUCGUCCUCACACUCGUCAUAGUCCAAGUCAGUCCGGACCGACAGCUGUUUGACAUUGCCGAGCUUGUUUCUGUUGAUCGCUGUUUGCGAGUUGGGCCUGGUCUCCUCGCCGGUUUGCCCGUCUUUGUUUCGCUUGAUGCCUUGCAGGUUGGGUGACGAGUGGAAGAGGCCCAGCCACGGCGGUCUGAGCCAUCGGGAGCCCCAGCCGCUCAAGAAGCCCUUCUGCGCGCCCCCUUGAACGUGAUGCUGCUGCAGGUGCUUUGACCCGUACCACCACAACACAGGCAAUGUCAGUAGCAAAUACACAAACAUCAAGACGCCUGCAUUCAGAAAGACAGGGAGGGAUCACAACAGAGCAGGAGAAGCACGACCUGUGGCGACUUCGGCAAUGUCGGCGUUGAUGUCCUCCGGCUAUCACGCGGCACACGUUAUAAUGAUCAAGAAAGACGUCGUUUGUGCAUUCAGGACGUCUUGUCAGGGGUUUGUGCAGUCACUGACCAGAGGGAAGGUAUAAAAGAGGGCGAUCAGGGUCACAAUGUGCAUCAGCAGCAUCUGAGAGGACGAGACACAAGCCACUUGCACCUGUCUAGGUGCCGUCCGUGAUCACACACACGUGUCGGUCCUUUCAUCGAUAGAUUGACUGACAGUGAGUGCGAUGUCCAGCUUGCUAUUUGCAGACCGCCUCCACGGCGCAAAUGUCAUCUGCAGGGAUGAAUCAAUGAGUGAGUAUGAAUGAUUGAAUGAAGAAAUACGGAGUGAGGGGACAAGGAAACCGAUUGACAUCACCGUUGCGAAAGCGUAAAAGGUCAGGAUGACUCCGUAAUAGAGCAGCUGCAGCUGCCCGAUGUUCGGCACUAUCACAGUUGACAGAGCCAGUGAGGCGUUCCGGGCCUGCAUAGAUAGGUGCAUUAAUUAGGUGGCUGCCAGACCUUAUCGCUGGCUGGUCAGCUGGCUUACCAUCCAGACGCACUCCCACCAAUGCAUGCCUGUCACACGCAGUCAGGCAGGCAGGCGCAGGAAUCAUCACAGACAAACACGUCCCAAUGACGCGUGACUCAUCGACACAGGCCGCCGAGACAUGAUUGCAAUUAUGUUCGGGUCACCCACCCUGUCUGUAUUUGCCCACAACGUAUCUGAAGGCAGCGCUGAAGACCUGAUCGAAGUCCUGAAGAUGUGUGGCCUUGUUUCUCUUCUUAAGGUCUGUGAGCCGCUGCAUGCGGAAGGAGAUGACGAUGGACGCGAUGUAGGGGCAAAUGAUGUACAGAAAAAUGGCCAGGAAACUCAGCCACAGCUGAUCGCGCCACUCCUUGCCUCGCGCCUGAAGCAAGCAAGCAAAGACGAGAGAAGAGAGAGAGAGAGGAGACACAAGUGAGAAAGCAGCCAGACUAAGAGACACACACUUGACAGACAAUUAUCAAGCGUGAUUGGAUUUGAUUUGAUCUGAUCUGACCGAGUUCCAGUCGCAAAUUACAUAUGGAUGCAGUCGGACGGUGAAGUCCCCGGAUGGAUGCUGCAAGGGCACAUAAAUGUACGUACAUACGCACACAAGUGUGGAUGGAAACGUUGUACCCGAAAGCAGUCGACGUGUGUGGUAGCAAUCGAUGCGAGGGCCACAUACAUGAACGAGGAGACCUGUGUCGUGGUCGCCAAGAUCUGAACAACACACAGGAGCCAAACAGGCACACAGGCACACUGACCGAUGAAUCAACCAAGACGGACGUGAGUGGUGAGUGCCCCGCGCAGAGGCACACGGCUACUCUGGCGAUAUACCCGGAUGAAUCCCAGGCCAUGGGCGGUGUCGACAAAUGUCUUGCGGAACCAGUGCAGCCAGGCCUUCUUUCGCCUCCCCACCACCUUGUCGGGAUCGAGGCAUUCCCACUUCUUGCCAUAAAACACGAAAGCCUGCACGUGACACCAGGUGAGUUAGCCAGCCAGCAGGAGCGAAUAGUGAAGGAACAUUGCUGAGCGGAUACCUCAAGGAUGAAGUGCACCAGCGUGACAGCCAGGACAAAUAUGAUGGGGAUCGAGAAGACGUACAUGAGUUGUGUGGCGAAGGUGUCCAUGCCGUAGCAAUUCACACCGAGGACGGUCGGGUCCAGCAUCAGCAAUCUGACACAUUCAUAUGCGUACGCAUUUGCACACACAACCGUGGAUCACGAGACAUGGAUAUGUGUGCGUGUGCGUGUAUACGUAUACGUAUUACGUAUACGUAUAUGUAUAUGCGUGUAUGUAUCUAUCUGCAUCAAGAAAUAGGUGAGCUGAGUCCCUUGUCCAAAUUUCUGCACCCACCUUGGGAGGCUGAAUAGUUCUUGCACCUGGACGUCAAUACGGAGGUUGAAGCUGCUGAUGAUGCCGAUGUGUUGGAGGAAGGACAGGAUGAUGAGGAAGGCCUUGUUGGGGUCGUCGGCCGCCUCCCUCUCGUUGCGGCUGAUCACGCUUCUGGCCGAGACGCCCGGCGUGCCGUCGCCUCUUGUCUUGCGCGGGUCGUCAUAGGACGUCUUGGCGUAGAAGAAAGCGCCGACCGGCAUCAUAACGAUGAGACUCAUGAGCAUGAAGCCCAGUAUGCCUCCAGACAUCCUGCACCGCGUGCAUUCACCGCCGCUGCCCUGCAACAUCACCCAUCCGCAUAGACCGACAGCCAACAACCUCACCUCAUCCUCUGUUGCAUCCGUUCGUAUGUGUGUAUCUACCCUGGUAUAUCCGCUCUCGCAUCUGCCGCAUGCGAGCCCCACUCUGUGCUUCUUGCAGUUGCGGGGCGGCCCGCCCUUGCAUGUCGAUCGUGGGUUGCACUCGUAUACGGUGGGAAAGUCGUUGGCAUCGCGGAUGCCGUAAGACUCCAUGUAGUAGCCAUCCAGCGCACCCGGGGGCUCAAACCGGCCUGCGUGCACAAACCAUUGAAGCAACGAAUCAAUAAGUGAUCAUCUGUGCAGUGCAGACAUUUACCAGGGCAAUCGUACAGGUUCUCGUCGCAUAGCUUGCAUGUGCCUGGGGGCAGGGUGGCGUUGACAAGGUCAUCAGUGCCAAUCGACCCAUUGAACCCAUUUCUGUAGAGACCUGCGUGCAGGUUCACAACAAACGGCUGAUUCAACCACUUGUGGACGAUCUCGCGCCUGGCUAGCUGCGUGUGAGUAAGAGAAUGCUACGUGGAUCUGCAACGAGAGACUGACCAGUGAAGAAGUAGCCUUCUCUGCAGACACACUGGUUGACGGACACGCUGCCAAGGGCGUCCGUGGUACGCGUCUCGCCGCACUCGGUACAGUUCGGCGCCCCCUUGCGGUCGCUAUAGAAACCCUCAGCACAGCGCUGGCACACACUCGACCCCUCCGUUUCAGAGAAAAACCCCUCCGCGCAUAUCUGACACCCCUUGUCAGAGUUGGCAGGGUUGGCAUAGCCGAUCUGACAGGGCGAGCAGAAUGUCUGGCCCUCCAGUGGCUGACCUUGGCCUGGACGCAUACAUACAUGCACGCGGCGAGUGUUUUGAAAGCCAUUUAAGCAAAGGGGGACCAUCCGUGUCUCUGGAGGCCUUUCAUACCGGGUGGGCAGAACUCGCACCGAGUGGCAUUUGUCGUGUCCGAGAAGGUGUUGGCGGAGCAGUUUCUGCACUCCAGCC